AUGUCGAAACUAACAAAUGUGUUGAUUAUUGGAGGAUUGAUUCGUUUUAUAUUACCUACAUUAUUUCCACAAAUCAUUACCAAAUUAGAUUCAUCAGUUGAAUUCUCCACACCUAUUUCAAGUUUUAAAUCUUUACAAGAAUCAUUUUAUUAUUUUAAUCAUAAUAUAAAUUUAUAUGAUGGAGGUAUAAAUAAUCAUCCUCCAUUAUUAGUCAUAUUAUUGAAUUUUAUAAAUUGUAUACCUGGGAAUACAAAAUUCAACCAAAUUUGGUUUAAUUUAUUUUUCACUAUUGUUGAUUUAAUUAUAACUUUGAAAUUGAUUCAUAUUAAUAAAUGGUAUAAUGAAUAUCAAUCUAAAAGAUCCAAGGGAAAGAAUGAAAUUAAAGGAUUUGAUGAUUAUUUGAUUGCAUGUUUUUAUUUAUUUAAUCCAUUGAUUAUAUUAACCAAUUUAAGUCAUUCAACUUUGAUAAUCUCAUGGAUUUUUAUCAUUGAAAGUAUUUUACAAAUUAUCAAAUUUGAGAAUAUCCCAAGAGCUAUGAUUUCUUUAAGUAUAGCAAGUUAUUUAUCUAUAAAUUAUUUAUAUUUACUUCCUUGUUUUAUAUCCUUUUCACAUAUCAUUAAGAAAUCUUCAAAUAAAAAUUAUCAAACUCAUCAAGUAUAUGUUGAAGGAUUUGGGAUUUUCUUUAUUUGUUCAUGUUUAUUAAUAAUGACUUCAUUUAUUGUUACAGCAAGUUGGAAAUUCUUGGAUAAUGUUUAUUUGACUAAUAUUAUGUUUAAAAAUAUUAAACCAAAUUUAGGAUUAUGGUGGUAUUUAUUCACAGAAAUGUUUGAAAAUUACAAUCUUUUCUAUACGAUUGUAUUCAAUUUAUAUGGAUUUAUCUUCAUUAUUCCAAUUACUUUAAGAUUAUUUGAAUAUUCAAAUGGACAAGGAGAUGGAUUGUUAGCCAUUGUAUUAGGGUUAAUUUGGAUUUCUUUCACCAAAUCAUAUCCAAUAUUGGGAGAUUUGGGUAUUUGUUUAACAAUGUUGGCAAUUUUCAAAGAUACAGUGAUCAAAUAUUGCAAAUUUAAAUAUAUCACGGGAAUUACAUUAAUUGUUGGAUUGUUAUUAUCACCUAUUUUCUAUUAUAUUUGGAUUGUUUUAGGAAGUGGUAAUGCCAAUUUUUUCUACAGUAUUAGUUUAAUUAUGGGUGGUGUUCAUAUAUUGUUGUUGAUGGAUAUAUUAUGGACUAAAUUAAGUAUUGAUUAUUAUGAUGAAAAGGGUAUUGAUAUCAAUUCAAAAGAUAAGCCAGUAUUAGCACAAAUAUAA